AUGACUGAAGUCUCACUUCUAACCGGCGGCAUAUUUCGAUAUGCUUCUGGGAGUGUGGCACGUGACCGUGUUGGGAAAAAGCGACGACGCGAAGUUGAAUAUCAAGAAGAAGAGAAGAAGAAGAAGAAGAAGAAGACGGCGAUAUUAAAGACGGAGAGGAGAGAGGAAAGGAAGGGAAGAUAUAGGGAUAGAGAGAGAUCAGAGACAGAGAGACGAGAUAGCAUGUCUUACUACGACGUCGACGCUAUCCUGACGGACUCGCAGAGAGAGACCGCAGGAUCAGGAGCAGGAUAUCAAGAAGAAGAGAUCGACGAGACAUGA